AAUUUCAUAUGACCAUAUGUUUAUUUAUUUAUUAUUUAUGUGAACUGUAUUUUUUCCAGAUGACUCAAAACCCAAGCCAAAGUUUAUGACAAACAUCUCAGUGCCCAAGAUCCCAGAUGGGGAGAAAGUGGAUUUUGAUGACAUCCACAGAAAGCGCCAGGAGAAGGACCUGUCUGAGCUGCAGUCUCUAAUCGAGGCUCACUUCGUCCAGAGGAAGAAAGAGGAGGAGGAGCUUAUUGCCCUUGUCAACAGAAUUGAGAAGCGCCGUACAGAGAGAGCAGAUCAGCAGAGGGUUCGAGCUGAGAAGGAGAAGGAGAGACAGGCCAGAAUAGCGGAAGAGAAGGAGCGCAAAGAGCAAGAGGAACAUCGCAAGAAACAGGAUGACGACGCUAAGAAAAAGAAAGUCCUAACCACCAUGGGACCAAAGGCUGACAACAGAAAAGGUGGCAAGAAACAGACUGAGAGAGAGAAGAAAAAGAAAAUCUUGGCUGAGCGCAGGAAGCCACUCAACAUAGAUCAUUUGAAUGAAGACAAACUCAAGGAAAAAGCCAAUGAACUAUGGCAGUGGCUGAUGGGUCUUGAGGCGGAGAAGUUUGACCUGACAGAAACACUGAAAAGGCAGAAAUACGACAUCAACCUGUUACUGGCACGUGUCCAAGAUCACCAGAGUGCCAAAGGUCGCAGUAAGGGGAAGAUGAGCGGCCGUUUGAGGUGAAGAACUGGACAAAAUGUAGCAGAAUCUGACAAAAGCACUUGGAUUUUAUGUUACACUAUGUUUUUCCAUGUUUGUGUGUAGCUAUGGUAACAACAAGUAUGAUCUGACUAUCAAUCACAUCUAUCUUAUGUAAAACGUAUAUAAAUAAAGAAUCAAAGUCUGCGCAACAGUGUAAAA